CGACCGCAUCUCCCUUCACUUCUGCGACAUACCAUACUCCGUCCAUCUUCACCGUCGAACCCAUCAAUUUUUAUCACAUCGAUCACAUCAUGGCCCCCAGACAGCGUGUUGUUUCCGGUCGCCCCCAGAAGGGUUUCCUCAGCACCGCCUAUGAGGAACUUACCUCCGCCGAAAACGCUACCAUCGUCAGAAGCAUUCUGGUCUUCGGCGCUGGCGUCGCUUUCCUUCACAGCAGCCUCGGCGAGCUCCUUCUUCCUCCUGCGGAGGUUGAGGAUGACAGCCCGCCCGCAUCCAAGAGAAGCAACAGCCUGGGAUACAACCCCCAUGCACCCUGGCUACAGGACGCCAUACCGUCUCGGAGCUGGCGGACCUUGGGGGAUCGGGCUCACCGGCCCUCCCUACCAUUGGAGAAUAUGGUUUCAACUGUGCGAGAUCUGAUAGACCCCGACUUUGAUCCGCUGAUUGCUCUUCUGGACGACGAGCCGCGAUUCUUAAAGCCGCUCCCCGCGCGCAUUCCUCAGGAAGACUUGGAGUUUUUGCGGUUCCGCGGGGCCUUGACGAUUCCUGAGAGCGGUCUACGCAAUGAGCUCCUGCGCUGCUAUAUCAAAUGGGUGCACAGCUUCAUGCCUGUGUUGGACCUCCAAGAAUUCCUGAGGCGCGUGGCUGAAAAUGACCCCAAUGGAAACAUCAGCUUGCUGCUUUUCCAAGCGGUCAUGUUCGUAGCCACUGCAUUUGUGAAUAUCAAGCACCUGCAGGAUGCUGGUUAUGCUACGCGGAAGAGUGCGCGAAGUGUGUUCUUUACACGCUUGAGGCUCCUUUACUCCCUGGACUGUGAGGACGAUCGAAUCGUCAUUUUGCAGACACUCCUUCUCAUGACCUAUUGGUCUGAUCAUCAGAACAACCCUCACAGAGACAUCUGGGAUUGGAUUGGUGUCUGCAAUACCCAGGCUCAUUCAAUAGGGUUGAAUAGAGAUGCGUCCACGUCCAACAUGGACCCAAGGAUGAAGAGGCUCAGAGCUCGAAUAUGGUGGAGUCUAUACUCACGAGAUCGUCUGAUUGCCAUGGGGCUGAGGCGCCCCACUCAGGUCAAUGAGGGGACAAGUAAUGUGCCCAUGUUGAGACUCGACGACUUCGACUUCGAACCCUUCCAUCCUGCAGUCAUUGAGAUGUUCCGCUGUCGUCAACUCGAGGACGUAUCCCAUCAAAAGCGUCUAGCUACUAUGUUCAUUGAAAAGGCCAAGCUGUGCCAGUGCAUCGGGAGAGUAUUAUUCGCGCAGUACUCGCCCUCUCAGUGCCAAUUCGGUGUAACCACCCGAACAACAAUCAGUUUGGUCCCAAGACAAGCAUCUGAAUCAGAAUUGGCACGAUGCAGCCAGCGACUCGAAUCGUGGCUGAACGCCCUUCCGAAGGAUGCACAGUUCAUUCCUGCAUCAAGGACCAAUAUCCACGAUGGAGAAGAUGUCCUGCUUCUUCACGGUGCGAUGGUACGAAUGCUGUACCACGCUACCACCAGCGCACUGUACCGUCCCUGGGCCUUUAUGCCUAAAAAGAAUCAGCCCAAGCCCCGUCUUGAUUUGAUCAAUACAGCACAGACUAAGAUGCAGGACGCUGUCAUCGGCAUUACUCACAUCAUUCAAGGUCUCAACCAACUGAGCCUCACACGCUUUCUGCCACAGUCCGGCGUGACUGUUAUCAUUCCUGCAGCCGUAGCUCAUCUGACGAACUCGUUAUCCGGCAACCCGUCAACCCGCGAGUCCAGCAUCCACCACUUCCAGCGCUGCAUCCAGGUCCUGCAAGGGCUGAAAGACAUCUACCCCGCAGCUGACAUGGAAGUCGCCAAUAUCGAAGCUGCAGUUAAGGUUCAAUCCGAUUGCAACAACGCCCUUCUACAGAUCAUGCAGCUUGAUUCCCCUUCACCUUCCAGCACCAUGCCCCAGCACCAUGCGCGCAAACCAAGCACUGCCUCCACUCCCCGCACCAUUCUUUCAGCAGAUGGGAGGACCUCCAAUCAAUGGACGCCACCUCUUGACCAUGAAUCAACCGACACCGCCAAUCCUAACCCCAAACAGUCCGACCCGCAAGUCACCACUUCUCUACAAGCCCGACGAGAAAGCACACGUGUUGCCGCCGACACAACACCCUCAGCAACCGCAGUCUCAUUCAACCAUCCCCGUCCCUCUCUCCAGAGACCCCAACUCACCCCUCCACAUGACUUCGACGACCCCUUCAGCCAAAUCUUCGACGACCACCCUCCUGUUUCCCCCAACCAACAGCAACCCCACCCAACCCAUCAAACUCAACCUCACGACCACACCAUCGUAGACCAAACGGACUUCUUCUUAGACCUCGACCUUGAUCUCGACGCCUAUGACGCAGACUUUCCACCUCAAGAACGCCAGGAAUCUACAGCUACAGCAACAGCCGAACACCCGGCAUCCGCCGACAUAGAUAUCGAUUGGGCGAACGAGCUUCUCCGCUGGGUAGAUCCUGGUGAAGGCCAGGGUCAGGGCCAUGAAGCGAGCUCGGACGACCAUGACCGGGACAACCUCUUCAGCAUAUUCAACACAGAAAGCAGUGGCCGUGGUCUUCAGCACGAACUGACGCCGACGGGGUUCACACCCGGAGAUAUCACGGGCGAUCUAGAUCGGGACUUAGGGUUAACAGGGGACGAGGAUGAGAUGUUCUGA